GCUUUGUGCGCAAUCAUUUAAUAGGCAACUACAGCUGAGCGCCGGCAAACAAAACUUCAAUUAAUUUAUUAAAAACUUAAAAAUGUCGUGCGUCGAAGCAGUUAGCGAACUAGAGACGCGCCUGGGCGAGGCCACACUGGAGGAUGUGGCUGGCCGCCAUCGUCGUGAGCGCAAGGAGCUGCAAGCCAAAUUGCAGGCUAUGAAGAAGAAUGCGCCGAAGAACAACAAAAAUAAACGCAAGGAGUUCCUUGAGGAGAUGGCGCGUCUAGAGGGUGAACUGGAACAGCGCCAGAAGGCUGAACUCGAUGUUGCCGCCACCGAGGCACCGGCCGUCAUCGAGCAACCAGCCAAAAAAGCACCAGCUGCGGACAGCGACAACGACAACGAGGACGAUGCAGUGCAGCCGGCGCAGCAGCGUGUGUCCAAGGCCCAAAAGCGUCGCAACAAAAAGGAAAAGGAGGCACGUGAACGCGAGCAGGAAAUACGCGUAGAACUGCAAAAUGCGGCCAACCAACCGUCGCCAAAGCAAAUCGAGCUGCAACAGAUCAUAGCCAAGUUGAGCGGUCGCCAGCUGGCGCUGCACAUGAUCGCCUCGGACGGUGACUGUCUGUACAAUGCGGUGCGACAUCAGCUGCAACUGCACGCAUUGCCCGGCCACACUGUUCAGGAGCUGCGCACCGAGACAGGCAACUAUGUGCGCGCGCAUAAGGAAAAUCUCAUCUGCUACAUGACACAUCCGGACACGGGCGAGCUGCUUAAUGACGAGCAAUUCGAAGCCUACUGCCGGGACAUAGCCAAGACGCACGCCUGGGGCGGGCACAUUGAGCUGAAGGCGCUCUCCUCGCUGCUACGUGUGCCCAUCGAGGUUAUCCAAGCGGAGGGCGCUGCCACGCUGCUGGGCCAGGAGGAGUUCGGCGGUGCGCCUCUGGUCAUCUGUUACCAUCGCCAUAUUUAUCAACUGGGCGCACAUUACAACUCCACGGUGCCGCUGGAGCAAUAAGGCAGCCAGCUUAUAAUUAUAU